AUGGCCCUGGCGUACGUGGAUAUGUCUUCAGUGAUCGAGGUGCAGGAGCGAUUGACGAGUCACAGUGGCAUCGGCCUGUCGAGCGCCAGUCCCGCCUACACGGGUCACACGGGCCACUCGGGCCGCUCGACGGGCCCGGGCGGCGGGCACGCGAGUGGCCACGGCGGCUCGCACGGCCCCACGCCGGCCAUGCACACGCAUCAGACGCUGCAGUCCGACUUCCAGCCGCCCUACUUCCCGCCGCCCUUCCACCACGCGGCCCAGAGCCCGCCGCAGCAGCAGAACCACGGGCCGCUGGAGUACCUGAGCGCCGACCCGUACGGCCAGCCGCUGUCCUCGCUGCACCACGCGCCUCUGCACCACUACAACCAGCUGGCCGGUCUGCGGCCGUCGCAGGAGCAGCUCGGCAUCCACCGGACGCACCGCGAGUCGGACCUGCAGGGUCACGUGACGCAACUGUCGCAUGGCUUUCCCUACUCUGACCGCCGAAGCGACUACAGCGGCGCCCUCACCGGCUCCGGCGGCCCGGGAACGCGCCUGGGUCACGAGCACGACCCCCUGGCGCUCCACCAGGCGCUGCAGAGCGCCGUGGAUGACGGCCAGAACGCUGGAAUUGACGAGAACGCCGGCUUCAUGUCAGACUUGCCGCUGCUCAAGAACAUGAAGAGUGGCAAGGAGACCAACACGAUGGGCAUCGGAUCACCCAGUGAUGUUUUCUGUUCCGUACCUGGAAGACUGAGUCUUCUGUCGAGCACUUCCAAGUAUAAAGUCACCGUGGCCGAGGUUCAGCGGCGCCUGUCGCCGCCAGAAUGUCUCAACGCCUCACUCCUGGGCGGCGUCCUUCGCAGGGCGAAGAGCAAGAAUGGCGGUCGAUUGCUGCGGGAGAAGCUGGAGAAGAUUGGCCUCAAUUUGCCCGCGGGCAGACGAAAAGCCGCCAACGUGACCCUCCUCACGUCGCUGGUGGAAGGCGAGGCCAUCCACCUGGCCAGGGACUUUGGCUACGUCUGCGAGACGGAAUUUCCCGCGCGACAGGUGGCGGAGUACCUCCUGCGGCAGCACACGGAGCCCCAGGAAUCCUACCGACGGAAAGAGUUGCUCCUCAACACGAAGCAAGUGACUAAAGAACUGAUGGAUUUGCUGAAUCAAGACCGAUCGCCACUGUGCAACACGAGACCUCAGCACAUCCUGGACCCAUCCAUUCAGAGACAUCUCACGCACUUCUCGCUCAUCUCGCAUGGGUUCGGCUCACCGGCCAUUGUGGCGGCCUUAACAGCCAUCCAAAACUUCCUCAAUGAAUCCCUCAAGUACAUGGACAAAAUGUACCCAACGAACGGCGGAAUGGUUUCCUCGUCGAUAGACAAAGGUCCCAAAAUGGAGAAUGACAAGAAGUGAUGUUACUUUUUGCGAUACUCACUAAUCUAAAGACAAAAAUACGUCAACAUCACCGGACAAGACAUGCACAAAGACACACACUCUUCCUUUAUUUAAGUAGAACAAUUUCUAAUUGUAAAUCUCUGCUCACUCUAUCGAGAUGGUAAAAAAUAUACACUUUAGACAAGAAAAAAAGGAAACCUAUAAAGAAACUCUACCAAGAUUUUUCACACCAUGAAAGAAAAAAAAAACAACUCUAAAUGUGUAAUUAAAAGAAAUUUUAUGAAAGAAGCAUUCUUAAUUAGGAUGAAUCGUCAUUGUAGUGCAAAGGAUCAUUUGCAUUUUUACAAUAUUUUGUGAUAAUAUAUAGUAUUUGUGUAUAAAAAAAAGAGAGAGAAGAAUUGAGAACUCUUAAUGAUGACGUGAGAAACGCAUUUGUGGAUGAGCGAAUCAUCAAGAAGACAGAAAUGCAUUUAAGGGGAGGAAGAAGCACACCAACAAUUAAUUGAUGUCAACAUAUCGAUUUUCAUUAUACAAAAAAAAAGAAAAAUGAAUAAAGUAUUGUAAAGUGAGAUGAAAUUUACUUAAAUUAUAUAUUAUUACUGUAAAUGUUGAAUUAAAGACUCUUGAUAAAGGAAAAUUAAGAGGAGAACAAAGUUGCGUAUAGAAGAAAAAUGCCGAAGGAGUGACAAAUUAUGAACAGUUGAGAGAAAUUAUUAAGUAAAAAAGAAGAAAAUAGGAGAAAAUGAUUGAAUAACAUGAGUGCCAACAUGUGAGAGAAAUGAAUGAAAUUAAAUAUCUUGCCAUUUCUGUAAUAUUAUUGUAAUUAUUGAUAUGACAUAGCGAUGAGAAAAGUGGCAGAUUUUAGAGACAAGUUCUGCUCCUUAUAAAAGAUGCGAACGCUAGACCGUAAAAAUAGUGCAUAGUUUAAUUCGAAGGAAGGUUCAAUCAGAAAAACAGUUGAUAAAGAAGUUUGCUUUCUUAAGUUCUUAUUAAAGAAGAAGUAAAGACAUCAUAUCACUUUUGUGAUCAUCGCGUGAAAUACUCUACAUCCUUUCUUAUCUUUCAACUCUUCUUCAAGUUAUUUUGCAUUAUUCAAUAUCUUGAGAAACAAAAAAAUAAAGAAAGAAUAGAGAACUGACUUUUUUGAGACUAG